ACUUACGCCAACACUUUCGCCGGCUGUAGUCAGUGUAGGGUUGUUUCCAUUUUUGAACCUCCGGAGCGAAUCACAAAAAUCAUCCAAAAACACACAGCGAGGGGUUUUCCCAGGGAACGAAAGUAUUCGCUCAGAGAACAUAAGUCCGAGAAAAUUUGAUUAGCGGAGAAUUAGAGGCAUCAAAGCGUGAUUAUUCUCGAUUUUCAUCCAGCAUUAGCUAUCCAAAGGCUUUCGAUCUCCAAAUCUCGGAUUCGAGAUUCAUAUUGGACCAGCUGCAUUCGGCACUCAAAGAUCCUUGUCAACGAGUUGCUGGCUAUUCUCAUCGUUAAGGCUAAAGGGUUAUGAUGUUAAAAGAAACAAAUCAAAGAUGCUUUGAAAUACAGUUGUGAUGCUUUUAACCUACUUGGAGACAGGUCGUGCAUGGCUACAAGGCAUAAGGGACUUUCUAAUAAUGUCUGGGUCUCGACAGCAGCCUCAUUUAAGGAGGCCAGUGUGGAUUAUUAUUUUGGUAUCUUUGAUGAGCAUCUUCUUGAUCGGCGCCUAUGUUUACCCACCGAGAAACUCUGCAGCUUGCUAUUUCUUUACAUCAAGUGGUUGUACUAUGUUUGAACAGCCUCCUGUUAUACCUUCCAGGGAAUUGACGGAUGAGGAGACUGCAAGUCAGGUUGUAUUUGAGGAAAUUUUAAAAAAGGCUCCUACUCAAUCUAAGAAUCCAAAAAUAGCUUUCAUGUUUUUGACUCCCGGGACUUUACCUUUUGAGAAGCUGUGGGAUAAGUUCUUUCAUGGCCAUGAAGACAGAUUCUCAGUUUAUGUACAUGCAUAUCAGGAAAAACCUGUUCAUGUGAGCCAAAACUUUGUUGGUCGAGACAUUCACAGUGAUAAGGUAGCCUGGGGAAAGAUAUCAAUGGCUGAUGCAGAGAAGAGACUCUUGGCACAUGCACUCCUAGACCCUGAUAACCAGCGGUUUGUUUUGUUGUCUGACAGCUGUGUGCCUUUGCAUAACUUUGACUAUGUAUAUAACUAUCUCAUGUUCACAAAUAUCAGCUUUAUUGACAGCUUUGAGGAUCCUGGUCCACAUGGAAAUGGAAGGUAUUCAGAGCAUAUGAUGCCUGAAGUUGAAAAGAAGAAUUUUAGGAAGGGUUCACAGUGGUUAUCCAUGAAGCGGCAGCAUGCCGUAAUAGUUAUGCCAGACAGCCUAUAUUACAGAAAGUUUAAGCUUUUCUGCAAGCCAAACAUGGAUGGACGCAAUUGCUAUGCAUAUGAGCAUUACUUGCCGACUCUAUUUCACAUGAUAGAUCCCGGUGGCAUUGCAAAUUGGUCAGUAACACAUGUUGAUUGGUCUGAGGGAAAGUGGCAUCCAAAAGCAUAUAGGGCUCAAGAUGUUACUUACGAACUUCUUAAGAACAUUGCAUCCAUCGAUGAAAAUAUACAUGUUACAAGUGAUUCCAAGAAGACAGUGACUGUCAAACCUUGCUUAUGGAAUGGAAUGAAGCGGCCUUGCUAUUUGUUUGCCCGGAAGUUUGAUCCUGAAACUCUGGAUAGAUUGUUGUUCCUCUUCUCCAAUUAUACAUCAAUUUAGGACUUGUCUGUCAUUUAUAUUCUUCGACUGAUGGGAAAGCUGCCGCUCACCCCUAGCCCGCACAGCUAGUUAUGUUACAUAAUUGUAGAAUGUAAAGUGGCCAUGAUGAUGUAGAUUCUCUGGCGUCACAUUUUGAUGGAAGUUCCAGAAUGAAGAUUAGUGACUAAACAUUUAGGAUCCGCUUGACUUGGAGGUUGCCGGCUUGCUUCUUGUUGCUGCUUCCUCUUGGGUUGACUGAUUUACAAUUUUGUGUUUCGGUUUUUUGUCAUAAAAGCCUUCAUGAUUAUUCAAGCAUUCAGUGUAUACUACAGAGAAUUUUUGUUUCCAUUAGUAGUUUCUGUGCUACAAAAUGAAUCGACUGUUCUUUUGAA